AUGAGUUCGGAACAAGAGGUCCUAUCGGGGCCACCUGCCCCUGAGCUACUAGAUGAUCGGAUUUGGGUCGACGGAUGCUGGGAUUUCUUCCACCACGGUCAUGCAGGUGCUAUGCUACAGGCGCGCCAACUUGGCACAGAGCUGUACGUUGGUGUGCAUUCCGACGAGGCCAUUCUGGAAAAUAAAGGCCCGACGGUAAUGAAUCUUCGAGAACGGCUCGCCGCAGUGGAUGCCUGUCGCUGGGUGACCCAGUCCGUCGCAUACGCACCGUAUGUUACGCAGCUAGAUUUCAUAAGUCACUUCGGCUGCAAGUACGUAGUGCAUGGCGACGAUAUCACGUCUGAUAGCAGUGGCGAGGACUGCUACCGCUUCGUUAAGGCGGCGGGUCGAUUCAAGGUCGUUAAACGCACACCCAGCAUAUCAACCACCGAUCUCGUCGGUCGUAUGUUGUUAUGCACCAGGACGCACUUCAUCAAAUCCCUAGAGAGGGUUCUCAACGGCCAAGAGGGUAGCGGUACCGAAGCUGAGAGGAAGUCAGAAGGAGACGCCAUGUUAAAUCGAAUCCGCCAGUACGCCACCGACGAGUCUGGGAAGAAUCCCGGCGCGGAUGUGUAUUUCUGGUCAGCCUCCACGGCCGCGAAGACCGAAAUUACGGAUGAGAAGGGCUCGUUCCGCCCGCUACUGAAGGGACAUGGUCCAAAACCUGGCCAGAGAGUCGUUUACGUCGACGGGGGGUUUGAUCUGUUUUCUAGUGGACAUAUCGAGUUUCUACACCAAGUUGUUCUCACCGAAGAGAAGUUGGCGAGAAAAGAAGGCUGGUAUGAUCAGCAAGCUAUCGACGAACGCCGAGGCAAGGGCGCUGAUUACGGCCCUGUAUUCGUUGUUGCUGGGGUUCAUGAUGAUGAGGUUAUUAACUACUGGAAGGGAGUUAACUAUCCGAUUAUGAAUAUCUAUGAGCGUGGUCUAUGCGUGCUUCAAUGUCGGUACGUCAACGCCGUUAUCUUCGGCGCCCCCUUCUCGCCAACCAAAUCAUAUCUCACGAGCUCUCCCUGGGGCACACCUGACGCUGUGUACCACGGACCAACAUCGUUUAUGCCGCUCUCGUAUGACCCGUAUGCUGUGCCGAAGGAAAUGGGCAUCUUCCAGGAGGUUCAGAGCCACGAGUUCCAGGACGUAAACGCGGGUACUAUCGUGCAGCGUAUCAUGAAGAGCAGAGAUCUCUACGAGGAGCGGCAGCGGAAGAAGGGUGCGAAGGCUGUAGGUGAGGCUGCGCACCGACAGAGGGAAAUACUGGAGGAAGAACAGCGGUGUAAGGAGGAGAAACUAGCUUCUGCGUAG